AGCGUCAUUGAACCCCGCUUUGUGCUCGAGAUGGUUCAGUCCGCGUGUGCGAGAGCGCUCUUGACGCGUGGGGAUUUUUCCGAGCGCCGACGCGAAUCCAAUCUUCCCGCUAAACGCGAGUGAUAAGAGCGAUCGCCGCCGAUAAUAAGAAGAAUACAAAUCCCCGCCAUGGGCUCCACUUUGAAUUCGGACGUAACGGGACUUGGAAGGACUGCAUGUGAAUGUACAAGGAAAUCAGGGGGAAUACGGCUUUUGGUGUUAAUGAAGGCGGGAGUAUUAUUGCGUCCAUGGAGCCGGCUUCUGCUCGUGUAUUUUGCGCUGAUCGGCGCGUCAGUCAGCGCUCAAAACUGUAGUUACACACUAUAUAGUCCAAACGGGACGAUAGAAAGCCCUGGAUACCCAUAUGGAUACCCAAACUAUGCCAACUGCACAUGGGUGAUUGUGGCACAGGAGCACAACCGGAUACAGCUGGUAUUCCAAGGGUUUGCUUUAGAAGAGGACUUCGACAUACUAUCAGUCUACGAUGGGCAGCCAAGCCCUGGAAACCUCCGAACCCGGUUCACAGGCUUCCGGCUUCCAUCGCCUAUAGUCAGCACUGGAUCAAGACUCACGCUAUGGUUAUUGUCGGACUAUGCUGUGAGUGGCCAGGGCUUCAAAGCCGUAUAUGAAGCUCUCCCUAGCUACACCUGUGGAAACCCUGGGCAGCUACAGAAUGGCCUACAGCAGGGGUCCACCUUUAAUAUCGGAGAUAAAAUACGCUACAGUUGUAGUCCGGGGUUCGUCCUGGAGGGUCAUGCCGUGCUGUCCUGCCUGGCCACAUCCUCCGGCACCGCUGCAUGGGACUUUCCCCUGCCCUACUGCAGAGCGGACGAUGGCUGCGGUGGUACACUAAGAGGUCAAAGUGGCAUCAUUACAAGUCCAAACUACCCACAAGACUAUAACAACAAUGCAGAUUGUACAUGGACAGUGCUGGCCGAACCAGGUGAUACUAUUGCCUUGGUCUUUACCGACUUCCAACUGGAGGAGGACUAUGAUGUCCUUGAGGUCAGCGGAACGGAUGGCUCUUCACAAUGGUUUACAGGUCCUAACCUCCCGUCUCCCAUUAUAAGCAGUAAGAACUGGCUGCGUCUCCACUUCACAACUGAUGGAAAUCACAAGCUGAGAGGCUUUAGUGCACAGUACCAAGUAAAGAAGAUGACAGAGCUGAAGUCCAGAGGAGUGAAGAUGCUCCCAAGUAAAGACAAUCACAGCAAGAUUUCUGUGUUGUCCCAGAUGGGAGUAGCACAAGGACAUAACAUGUGCCUGGACCCUGGAAUCCCUGACAGAGGAAAAAGAAAAGGUUCAGACUUCAGACGUGGUGCCACGGUGCACUUCUCCUGUGAUGAAGGUUAUGAGCUCCAGGGUUCCAAAAGCAUAACCUGCAUGAGGGUCACUGACAACUAUGUGGGAUGGAGUGAUGACCGACCCAUAUGCAGAGCACCCAUGUGUGGUGGACAGCUACGAGGACCCAGUGGCGUCAUCACAUCUCCCAACUUUCCAGUCCAAUACGAUAACAAUGCCAACUGCACCUGGAUCAUUACUGCUUCCGACCCCUCCAAGGUGAUAAAGCUGACUUUUGAGGACUUUGACCUGGAGCGUGGCUACGACACUCUGACUGUGGGCGAUGGGUCUAUAAUCGGGGACCAGAGGACCGUCUUUCAUGUCCUUUCAGGGACUAGCACUCCAGACCUGAUAGUCAGCACCAGUCAUCAGAUGUGGCUUAAUUUCAAGACUGAUGAUACCAGCGGCUCUCUGGGUUUUAAGGUGUCUUAUCAGGAAAUUGACCAGGGAAGCUGUGGAGACCCUGGAAUCCCAGCCUAUGGCAAGCGAGAAGGAACAGGCUUCAGACAUGGGGACAAGCUGUAUUUUGAAUGUCUACCUGCUUUCGAGCUGGUGGGGAAAAAGAACAUAACCUGUCAAAAGAACAAUCAGUGGUCAGCCAAGAAACCCAGCUGUGUGUUCUCCUGCUUCUUUAACUUCACUACCUCAUCUGGAGUUCUGCUGUCACCCAACUAUCCUCAAGAAUACAGCAACAACAUGCACUGUGUGUGGCUGAUCAUUGCUAAGCCAGAGAGCCGGAUCAACCUGGCCUUCAACGACCUAAACAUGGAAAAGCAGUUUGACUUCCUGUCAAUUAAAGAUGGAGGCAAGGCUGAGUCACCCAUUUUGGGCACCUUUUCUGGGGAUGUGUUGCCAUCGCCCAUUACCACUAGUGGACAUGUGGCUCGGCUUGAGUUUCUCACUGACCACACUUACACGGACCGGGGUUUCAACAUCACUUUUACAACAUUUCGACACAAUGAAUGUCCCGAUCCUGGAGUGCCAGUCAAUGGAAAGCGCUUCGGGGAGAGUUUACAGUUGGGCAGUUCAAUCUCUUUUUUGUGUGAAGAGGGGUUUGUGAAGACCCAUGGUUCUCAGACCAUUUCCUGCAUUCUCAAAGACGGCAACGUAGUGUGGGACAAUGCUGUGCCACGCUGUGAAGCUCCUUGUGGUGGAGAUUUAAAAGCCCCUAGUGGCAUCAUUCUGUCCCCAGGCUGGCCUGAGCUCUAUAAAGAAGCUCUCAACUGUGAGUGGAUCAUCGAGGCCCCUCCUGGAUACCCAAUCAAGAUUAUCUUUGACAAGUUUCGGACAGAGGUAAAUUAUGAUAUACUGGAGGUACGGGACGGGCGCUAUCCCUCUUCACCUCUGAUUGGUAGCUACCAAGGUACCCAAGUCCCCCAGUUCCUUAUUAGCACCUCCAACUACCUGUACCUGUUGUUCUCAACGGACAAGAGCCAUUCAGACAUCGGCUUCCGGAUCCGAUAUGAAACCCUGCAGCUGCAGUCUGACCACUGUGUUGAUCCUGGCAUCCCUGUCAACGGCCAACGCCACGGCAAUGAUUUCUAUGUGGGGGCGCUGGUGACAUUUAGCUGUGAUGCAGGAUACACGCUCAGUGAUCCUGAGCCUCUAGAGUGUGAGCCUAACUUCCAGUGGAAUCGUCCCCUCCCCAGCUGUAAUGCUCUCUGUGGUGGGUAUAUACAAGGAAACUCUGGCACUAUUUUAUCACCUGGCUUUCCAGACUUUUACCCUCACAACCUCAACUGUACCUGGAUGAUAGAGACCUCACAUGGCAAAGGUGUCCAGUUUACCUUUCACACCUUUCAUCUGGAAAGCCCUCAUGACCACCUCUUGGUAACAGAGAACGCCAGUUUCUCCCAGCCUCUGUGGAGACUGACUGGUUCCAUUCUGCCUCCACCUUUAAGUGCCGGCCUUUUUGGGAAUUACACUGCUCAGAUCCGCUUUCUCUCGGACUUCUCUGUGUCCUAUGAGGGCUUCAAUAUUACUUUCUCAGAGUAUGAUCUAGAGCCAUGUGAGGACCCUGGUGUGCCCCCUUUCAGUACCCGUAAGGGACUGCAGUUCGGUGUGGGUGAUGCACUGUUCUUCUCAUGCUUCCCUGGGUACCGGCUAGAUGGGCCUGUGAAGGUGGUGUGUUUAGGGGGGCGGCGGCGGGUCUGGAGUUCCCCUCUCCCAAGGUGUGUUGCUGAAUGUGGUUCCUCUGUGACUGGAAAACAAGGCGUCCUUCUCUCUCCCAACUACCCUGGGUACUAUGGCAACAAUCACGAAUGCAUCUACUCUAUCCAGACCCAACCUGGCAAAGGCAUCCAACUUCGAGCCCGAGACUUUCGUCUAGAGGACGACGACGUGCUCAUGGUUUAUGACGGCAGCAGUAAUCAUGCCCGCCCGCUAGGCGCCUUCAUGGGGACGGAGCUAAUGGAUGUGACGCUGAACAGCACAUCUAGCUCUAUGUGGCUAGAGUUUAUCAGUAACAGUGAGAACACCAGCAAAGGUUUUGAGCUGCACUUUACCAGCUUUGAUUUGGUGAAAUGUGAGGAUCCAGGCAUGCCUCAGUUUGGCUAUAAGCUUGAGGAUAAAGGUCACUUUGCAGGAAGCACGGUGUCGUACAGUUGUGAUCCUGGAUACAGCUUAAAGGGCCUUGCAGUGCUGACAUGUCUUAGGGGUGAAAGAAGAGCCUGGGACAGCCCUCUACCACAGUGUAUAGCUGAAUGUGGAGGAACGAUUAAGAAUGAGCCUGCUGGUCGGAUCCUGUCUCCAGGUUACCCAGCACCAUAUGAGCACAAUCUGCACUGUGUGUGGACCAUCGAAGCUGCACCUGGAAGCACCAUUGGUCUGCACUUUCUGGUGUUCCACACCGAGGAGGUACAUGAUGUAUUACGGAUCUGGGAUGGGCCUCAGGAUGGUGGCGUGCUUCUCAAAGAGCUGACUGGGUCCAGUUUACCUCCAGACCUCCACAGCACCUUCAACUCUGUCAGCCUGCAGUUCACCACCGAUUUCUUUACCAGCAAACAAGGCUUUGCUCUGCAAUUUUCAGUGUCCACAGCCACGUCCUGUAAUGACCCUGGCAUUCCCACUAAUGGCACCCGCAGUGGGGACAGCAAAGACCCAGGGGACUAUGUGCUAUUCCAGUGUGAUCCUGGUUAUGUCCUACAGGGAGCAAAUAAAAUCACCUGCACUGAGAUCAACAAUCGUUUCUUCUGGCAGCCUGAGCCACCCACUUGCUCAGCUCCAUGUGGGGGAAAUCUGACUGGUCCCAGUGGUUUUAUUCUGUCUCCUGAGUUUCCAGAGCCUUACCCUCAUGGCAGAGAAUGUGACUGGACAGUCACUGUUACCUCAGACUACAUCAUCUCCCUCAGUUUUAACCAUUUUAGCCUUGAGCCCAGCUAUGACUUUCUGCACAUUUAUGACGGGCCUAACUCUCUCAGCCCCCUGUUGGGAAGCUUCUAUGGCACUGACGUUCCAGAUCACAUUGAGAGCAGCUCAAAUACGAUUUUCCUGGCCUUUCGAAGUGAUGCUUCACUUAGCAGCAGUGGAUUUGUCCUGCAGUACACAGAAAACCCAAGAGAAUCAUGCUUUGACCCUGGUCUUGUCCGUAACGGGACUCGGAUAGGGACUGAUUUAAAACUGGGCUCCACGGUCACCUACUAUUGCGACAGUGGCUAUACCCUGGAGGGAGACGCCACUCUGACCUGUACCAUGGGUACAGACAGCAAGCCCACCUGGAACAAACCAAAACCAGUUUGCAUAGCUCUGUGUGGAGGUCAGUACUCUGGGCUGGAGGGGGUAGUGCUCUCCCCUGGCUAUCCUGGAAACUACAGCAGUGGGAGAACCUGUCUCUACUCGGUGGUCGUUCCUAGUGACUAUGUGGUGUUCAGUCAGUUUGCAGUCUUUCAGACGGCUCUGAAUGAUGUGGUGGAGGUUUAUGACGGCCCUACACAACACUCUCGAGUCCUGAGCUCACUCUCAGGGUCUCAUUCAGGUGAAUCCCUUCCACUGGCAACCUCCAACCAGAUCCUGAUCCGCUUCACCUCUAAAGGGCAGUCCUCUUCCAGGGGUUUCCAUCUGGUCUACCAAGCUGUUCCCAGAACCAGUGCCACUCAGUGCAGCUCAGUGCCGGAGCCCAGACAUGGAAGACGCACAGGGAAUAACUUUGCUGUCGGUGCUGUGGUGCGCUUCGAGUGUAACGCAGGCUAUGUGCUGGAGGGCCCUGCUGCUAUCGAGUGCCUGACAGUGCCUAACGCCCUUGCACAGUGGAACAACACCAUCCCCAGCUGCAUCGUACCGUGUGGGGGGAAUCUCACCCAGCGCACAGGAACCAUUCUGUCUCCGGGUUAUCCUGAACCAUAUCUCAACAGCCUAAGCUGUGUGUGGAAAAUUACAGUGCCGGAAGGAUCAGGAAUACAGAUCCAAGUGAUCAGCUUUGUGACUGAGCAAAACUGGGACUCGCUAGAGGUGUUUGACGGGGGUGACAACUCUGAUGCCAUGCUGGGAAGCUUUUCAGGAACGUCAGUGCCAGCAUUGCUAAACAGCACAUCCAACCAGCUCUACCUGCACUUCUUCUCCGAUAUCAGUGUAUCGGCGGCCGGCUUUAGACUGGAAUACAAGACUGUGUCCCUCACAAGCUGUCCUGAACCAGUUCUACCAAUGAAUGGAUUCAAAGUCGGGGAGCGUUUACAGAUGAACAGUGUGGUUUCUUUCCAGUGUGACCCUGGAUACACUCUUCAGGGAGUCUCACACAUCACCUGUAUGCCGGGAACUGUGCGGCGCUGGAACUAUCCUCCACCACUCUGCAUUGCUCAGUGUGGAGGGAUCAGAGAAGAAAUGGAAGGUACCAUCCUGAGUCCUGGUUUCCCAGGAAACUAUCCUAGCAACAGUGACUGCACCUGGAGGAUUUACCUUCCUGUUGGUUAUGGAGCUCACGUACAGUUUCUAAAUUACUCAACUGAAGCCAACCAUGAUCUUCUGGAGAUCAGGAAUGGCCCUUUUGACACUAGCACUGUGAUUGGGCGGUUUAGCGGGCAGGAUGUGCCACCAUCGCUUCUAACCACGUCGCAUGAAACUACAGUGUAUUUUCACAGCGAUCACUCCCAGAACAAACCAGGGUUCAGAUUCGAUUAUCAAGCGUAUGAGCUCCAAGAAUGCCAAGAUCCUGAGCCUUUUCACCAUGGUGUGGUGGUGGGUGCUGGGUAUAAUGUAGGCCAGUCCAUCUCUUUCGAGUGCUACCCUGGAUAUCAGCUCAUGGGCCAGUCUAUUCUGACCUGCCAACAUGGAACAACUCGGACCUGGGAUCACCCCUUUCCUCGCUGUGAAGUGCCUUGUGGAGGGAAUAUUUCAUCCGACAACGGAACUAUCUUUUCUCCUGGUUACCCGGAGGAGUACCCCAGCUCAGCAGACUGCACAUGGCUAAUUACCGUGGCUCCUGGUCUAGGUGUUCGUCUUAACUUCACCCUGCUGCAAGUCCAUGGGCCACAUGACUUCAUCACUGUAUGGGAUGGACCACAGGAGAAUGCUCGAAAGCUCGGUGUGUUUACCGACAGUGAACCCAACGGACCACCUAGCAGCACGUCCAAUCAGAUUCUCAUCCGCUUUCGUAGCAACUCUGAAAAAGGCGGACUCUUCAAGAUUAACUAUCAAGCCUACAGACUGCAAUUUUGCUUGCCCCCUCCCAUCAUUCCUAAUGCAGAAAUUCUGAUGGCCAGCAAAGAGUUCAAGAUAGGUGAUAUAGUGCGCUACAGGUGUUUGCCUGGGUACCAGUUGAAUGGAAACAGCAUUUUAACCUGCCGCAUGGGCACUCACCUUGAGUUUGAAGGACCUCCACCUUCAUGUGAUGUUACAUGUCCUAUGAAUGAGGUGCUUACUGCCUCUACAGGAGUGAUUCUGAGCCAGUCCCCAGGCAGUGGCUUUCCUCACUUUGAGUCAUGCUCCUGGGUAGUGAAGGUGGAGCCGGGCUUUAACAUUACCUUCACUAUUGAGUACUUCCAGACCAGCAGGCAGUUUGAUGAGCUUGAAAUCUUUGAUGGUCCAUCCAGACAGAGCCCUCUUCUUAUCACCCUUAGUGGGAACUACUCAUCCCCUUUGAGCAUCACUAGCUCCUUCAAUAAAGUCUACCUGCAUUGGUCAUUCGAUUACACCUCCAGCCACAAGGGCUUCCGAAUUCGCUACUCAGCGGCCUAUUGCAGCACCCCUAACCCUCCAGUAAAUGGAUCAGUGCACAGCCAGACGGGCACAAAGCUGGGCAGUACGUUGCGCUUCAGCUGUGACCAGGGCUUCCGCUUGAUUGGCCAGAGCAGCGCCACCUGCACCCGUACACCGCAGGGCAUCUACCAGUGGAACGCUCCAGUGCCCCUGUGCCAAGUGGUGUCCUGUGGUAUGCCUGUGGCCCCAGUAAAUGGAAGUGUGGUUGGUCAGGAUUUCACUAUCGGAUCCAAAGUCACAUUCAGAUGCAACCCAGGUUUCCAGCUGGCCAGCACAGUGCUUGUGUCAACUGUUUGUCAAGAGUCAGGAAGAUGGAGCCCAAUAGAAACACCACCCCGCUGCAUACCUGUCACCUGCCCUGACAUCGGUCACUCUGCGGUGGAACAUGGGAGAUGGAGACUUAUCUAUGGCAUGCUAAAUCAGUAUGAGGCCAUGAUGAUGCUUACCUGUGACCCUGGGUACUUCUACAGGGGGCAAAGGGUCAUCCGUUGCCAGGCCAAUGGCACUUGGGAUUACCCAGAGCCCAGACCCACCUGUGAAAUUAUCUCCUGUGGAGACCUUGGAACCCCUUCCAACGGACAUAAGAUCGGUACCCUGACUGUGUUUGGAGCAACAGCCAUUUUCUCCUGUAACACAGGCUACACUUUAGUGGGCUCCAGAGUCAGAGAGUGCAUGGCUCAUGGAUUAUGGAGUGGAUCCGAGGUCCAGUGUCUUGCUGGGCACUGUGGCUCUCCCGAUCCCAUAGUAAAUGGCCAGAUUAUUGGUGAGAACUAUAACUACAGGGGCAGUGUGGUGUACCAGUGCAAUCCUGGGUUCAGACUUAUUGGUGUUUCAGUGCGCAUAUGUGAGCAAGACCAUCGGUGGUCAGGAAAAACCCCUGUCUGUGUCUCCAUUACGUGUGGACAUCCAGGCAACCCUGUCAAUGGUUUGACCCAGGGAGCACACUUCAAUCUCAAUGAUGUGGUACACUUUGCCUGCAAAAUUGGAUAUGUUCUACAGGGAGCUGUUAAGUCCCAUUGCCAAUCCAAUGGGCAGUGGAGCAACACCCUGCCAAAAUGUAGAAUUGUGAACUGCACAGAGCCUGGCCAUGUGGAGAACAGUGUAAGACAGGUUCUGCCCAGUGGACCCCAUCGCUACAGCUUUCAAACCACAGUCUCCUACUCUUGCAAUCCAGGAUACUAUCUACUGGGCACCAGCUCUCUGACAUGCCAAGGGGAUGGCACCUGGGACCAGUCACUCCCCAAGUGUCUCUUGGUGCUGUGUGAGCAUCCCAGCAUACCACCGUAUGCACAAAUCUCAGGAGACCGCCGAACCGUGGGCUCUGUAAUCCGCUACAGUUGCAUGGGUCAGCGCACCAUCAUAGGCAACACUACCCGCAUGUGCCAGCUAAACAGCCAAUGGAGCGGCUCUCCGCCACACUGUACAGGAGAUUUAAGUGGGAGGUGUGGUGACCCUGGUAUUCCGAUGCAUGGUAUCCGUCUGGGAGAGCAGUUCUCCGUAGGCAGUGUGGUGCGCUUCAGCUGUGAGCCAGGUUAUGUGCUUCGUGGUUCUUUAGAGCGGACCUGCCUGGCCAAUGGCACCUGGCUUGGCACACAACCGGAGUGCCAGGUGGUCUCUUGUGGCAAUCCUGGGACCCCUCGGAACGCGCUGAUUCAGUUCCACGAUGGACUGGUUUUCUCCCGCUCUAUUACAUACACUUGCAGAGAGGGCUACUAUUCAACUGGCCUGCUCACACGCCACUGCACAGUCAACGGAACCUGGACUGGAGACAUGCCUGAGUGUACAGUUAUUAACUGUGGAGACCCAGGAGUGCCUGCAAAUGGUAUCAGAUUGGGAAAUGACUUCACAUACAGUAGCUCUGUUAGCUUCCAGUGCUCUCCAGGCUUCACUAUGGACGCCGAUCGUGCCUCCAUGCUCAUCUGCACAAAGGAUCGCACCUGGAAUGGAACCAAGCCUGUUUGUAGAGCAAUUGUUUGUGGACUCCCACCCAGCAUCCCUAAUGGCCAGGUGGUUGGUAGUGACUUUCAGUGGGGCUCCAGCAUUAGCUACACCUGCAACCAGGGCUACCAGCUUUCUCUGCCCACUGUUCUCACCUGCCAGGGCUCAGGCAACUGGAGUGGUGAAAGACCACAGUGCUUCCCUGUAUUUUGUGGGGAUCCAGGAAUGCCAGCUCAGGGUCGACGCGAGGACCUAGGAUUUACCUACCUCUCCUCUGUGUUCUUCUCCUGCUUUCCACCAUUCAUACUGGUCGGCUCCACACAGAGAUACUGCCAGUAUGAUGGAACCUGGAGUGGCACCCAGCCCUCCUGUAUAGAUCCCAGUCACACCAGCUGUGUGGAUCCUGGUACACCUCUGUUUGGAUCUCAGAAUAACACCCAGGGCUACCAGAUUGGCAGUAUAGUGUUCUAUAGCUGCAGAAAGGGUUACCUGCUGCUUGGUUCCAUCUCUCGUACCUGCCUGCCCAAUCUCACUUGGAGCGGCAUGCAGCCAGAGUGCAUCGCUCAUCACUGCAGUCAGCCUGAACUUCCAGCACAGGCAGAUACUCGAGCCAUAGAGCUGCCAUCGCUGGGUUACACUCUCAUCUACACCUGCCAGCCAGGCUUUUAUUUAGCGGGAGGCUCUGAACACCGCACUUGCAGACCUGAUGGCAGCUGGACUGGCAAGUCGCCUUUAUGUGCAGCUGACAACAGACCAAGUGGAAAAACGGUUGGAACAGUACAAGAACCACCCAACACUAAACUCCAGGUGCCUAGUGGAGUCUUUGCUAGGAACUCGCUCUGGAGGGGGUCCUAUGAGUAUCUGGGGAAGAAGCAGCCAGCCAUGCUGAGCAUAACUGCUUUCGACCCAUUCAGCAACCGAGUCAAUGGCACCCUCAUGGACCAUAGUGGAGUUCAGCUCAAUCUGGCAGGUAUCUACAAGAGGGAAGAGGCCCAUCUGUUGCUGCAGGUCUAUCAGAUUCGAGGACCUGUGGAAAUCUUUGUUAACAAGUUCAAAAUUGACAACUGGGCACUGGAUGGACAUGUGUCGUAUAUGCCUUCAUCAAACUCCUUUGUGUAUCAAGGAUUUGUUCGGGGGAAAGGAUUUGGCCAGUUUGGGCUUCAAAGGCUGGAGGGGCUGGACCCAAAUGCAGAAAAUCCUGGCUACAAUUUUGCCUCCAACAGCAGUUCAGUGGCAGCAGCCAUUUUAGUGCCUUUCAUAGCAAUGAUUAUAGCAGGAUUUGCUUUGUAUCUCUACAAACACAGGAAAAGACCCAAAGUACCUUUCAAUGGCUAUGCUGGCCACGAAAACACCAAUGGAAGAGCAACGUUUGAAAACCCCAUGUACGACCGUAAUAUCCAGCCCACAGACAUCAUGGCCAAUGAGUCAGAGUUUACGGUCAGCACAGUCUGCACAGCUGUAUAGCCCCUGCUUUCUUUACAGGUCAACAGAGUUUUCUUUCUUCUCCCACCCACACAAGUGCCCCCACACACUGGAACUGAAUGCGUGGGUGGGCUUAAAGACAUGAGUGGAAGCUUAUUUCAUUUUUCUUAACACGAUUCCAGCAAUUAU